GACGAUGAUGAGAAGGGGCUAAACUUCUGCUCUCUCUCUCUCUCUAGUUUCUUCAAUGCCGGGACCAGAUAGAUGGUGAUUACAAUACUUCGCCCUUUUACUUUAGAAUCUAGAGAGAGAGAGAGAGAGAGAGUGGCUUGAUAAGGCCGGCCGUGUGGAAAACGCUGAGCGACUUUCGCAAGGGUUUCGCAAGUUGAGAUUGGUCAAGAGAGAGAGAGAGUGAGUUUUACCAGUUUGGGCUUUCAGAGGAUUGAUGAGAAAGAGAGAGAUUUUUAUCAUUUGCGGCUUUCAGGGGAUUGAUAAUAAAGCGACUCUUAUCUUAAUUCCAAGUGUUUCUGAGGAAGAAAGAGCUUAUUCUCCAAGGAAUUGCAGAGAAGAGUAAAGAGAGAGAGCUUGUCAGUAGGAAUUAGAUAACUGGGAAGGGACCAUAACAAAGGGACUUGCGGAGAGAGAGAGAGAGAGGUUUAGACCUCUUCACAAGACUCGAGAGAGCAGGUGCAGGUACAGGUACAGGUACGAUACCAUAAAGGGAUUCUAGAGAGAGAGGAUGUUGUCGUCACGACGCAACCUGUAAUGCAUCAGAAGAAAUCGGAAGUUCAGAUCGGUACGGAAAGCAGGGGUGUCUCCUCAGAUUACAAGCGAGCCCCUCUUCUCCAUCACCAUAACCAUAACCCCAAUAACCACCCAUGGCUUCACCAUCAAAAACCACCCAUAGAGUUGCAGAAUGAGCAAAUACACCUUAACAAAAGGGCCAUGGCCUCAGUCCCCACCUCCCCUUCUCUCUCUCGCUCCCCCACUCUUACCACUCUCCCCACUUUCUCUCACUACAAUAAACACCACCAUCACCGCCUCCUUCGCCAUCUUUUCACCAAAUCGCGAAGAAACCAUCACCUCCUACUUCCUCCUUUCUUAAUUUUAGCUAUACCCACUUUUUAUCUCUUCUUCAAAUCCCCUUCCUCCUCUUCCUCUCUCUCUCUAGGCCUUUGGUUUGACUUUUUCUCUGCUCUCCUCUUCGUCUCUGCACUCAUCGUCUCUCUAAGAAUCGCUUUCCCCCAUCUUCUCCCCUCCCCACUUUCACGAACCCUCGCCGCUUUCUCUCCUCUCCUUCGACUUCACAACUCAAAGCUCUUUCUUUCUUUACUCCAUCACCACCCCAAACUCCCCCUCUAUACUCGAUCUGCAGUUAGCUGGACCAUUGGUUCAAAGCCCCAAUCUCUUCGAUCAUCAAUUCCUCAAAACCUAAAAGAAGGGGUUCGUGUUUACAGCAAUGGAGAUGUUUAUGAGGGGGAAUUUCAUAAAGGGAAAUGCUCAGGUAGUGGGGUUUAUUACUAUUACAUGAGUGGAAGAUACGAAGGGGAAUGGGUUGACGAGAAGUAUGAUGGCUACGGAGUGGAGACAUGGGCAAGAGGGAGCAGGUAUAGGGGACAAUACAGGCAAGGUUUGAGACAUGGCUAUGGGGUUUACAGGUUUUAUACAGGGGAUGUAUAUGCAGGGGAGUGGUCUAAUGGCCAGAGCCAUGGUUGCGGUGCUCAUACCUGCGAGGAUGGGAGCCGCUAUGUUGGGGAAUUCAAGUGGGGGGUCAAGCAUGGCCUUGGUCACUACCAUUUCAGGAAUGGCGACAAAUAUGCAGGUGAAUAUUUUGCAGACAAGAUGCAUGGGUUUGGAGUGUAUCGGUUUGCAAAUGGCCACCGCUAUGAGGGGGCUUGGCAUGAGGGAAGAAAACAGGGGUUGGGGAUGUACACCUUUCGAAAUGGAGAAACACAGUCAGGGCACUGGCAGAAUGGCAGCCUUGAUACUCUCAGCACCCAAAACACACUUCCUGGAUCUCCAAUUGCUAUUAACCAUUCCAAAGUCCUUAAUGCUGUCCAGGAAGCAAGGUGGGCUGCAGAGAGGGCAUUGGAGGUGCCGCCCGUCGAUGAGAGAGUGAACAAAGCAGUUGCUGCUGCUAAUAGAGCAGCAAAUGCAGCAAGGGUGGCUGCGGUGAAAGCUGUUCAAAAGAGAACCAAUAAUAAUGAUAAGAGUGGUAUUUCUCAUGGCAAUAGUCAGGCACAAGCCAUGGUUUGAUUAUAUGAUAUAUUCUGAACCAUUUGUUUUGAGAGGGACACACGCGGCUGAGGUUUAUGUAUGCUGUUUGUCGCAAGGCAUGGGUACGCCGGCCGCUUCUGCAGCUCAAGAGGAUUUGUGAGAGGGGGAGAGGAGGGGGGGGAGGUGGGGGAGAGAAUAUGGAAGUGGGUCUCUGUUUUCUGUGAAUCGUGUAUAUAGAGGGAACAAUGUCUGAGUCUUUCGUGUUCUUUUGGUUUUCUUUCUUCUUUGUAAAUUCGGUUUUCAACAAGCAGAGCUAGCUAAAAGGUAAAGACCUCAGUUUGGCUGCUGCGCUGUAUCGGACCUUUAUUUUACGAGGGUCGAGUGAGUGCUGUUGGAUUAACCCACAGCUUUCUCCAUGCAUCACUUGCAGAUCUAAUGGUCAUACUCCUUCACCAUUGUGGAUC